GUGGCUGUGAGCAGCGCGCUGAUUGGCUCAUGUACAGUUGCGGAAACUUUGUUGCCGCCUUGAUGAGUGAUGUGAUUGGUUACAGGCACGUAAACGAGUAACUGGUGUGUGUGUUUAUGUAAGUAGGUACCUGCAGCAGGUACAGUGUCUGGCGGUGACAUAUACAGCCGUGCUGUGACAUUGAUGGCACGGAUCUGCCUCGUACUGUGCUUUAGGAUUUGCACACUGUGUGGCACUGAGUGCAGCCGCUGCUGAGGUUAGAUGGCUGGGAAAGGGGUGAAGCGUAGUGUGAGCUUACUGCUGCAGUGUGAGUGGGGUUCCUGCACCUAUGUGUCCUCCAGGAUGGAAGAAUUCUGCUCUCAUGUGUCUGAUCACCUCGGGGUCCAGCAGCUCAGGACUGGAGAGGAGCACAUGGAUUGUGAGGAUGAGUUCUGUUGCCUGUGGCAGGAGUGUGGAUUUUUCUCUCUGGAUAGCCAAGUAGACCUUGUCCGCCAUGUUUACUUUCAUUGUUACCAUACGAAGCUAAAACAAAUUGGACUUCAAGCCCUGCAGAGCCAGCCAGAUCUAAUUCCGUGCCAGCUAGACAUUCAAAGCCGCAACAUGAUUCCAGAACUCCAGGACCGCUUCAUGUGUUUGUGGGACCAGUGUGAAAGCUCAUUUGACAAUGCGGAGUGGUAUUACAGACACGUGGACACUCACGGACUGAGCACAGAAUAUGAAGUGGCCGGUAAAGAGAACCGGGUUCUAAUGUGUGGGUGGAAAGACUGUGACUGCUCCUGUAAGAGUCGAUGCAAGCUGAGAGAGCAUCUGCGGAGUCACACGCAAGAGAAAGUCGUGUCCUGCCCCAACUGUGGGGGCAUGUUUUCCAACAAUACCAAAUUCUACGAUCACCUCAGACGGCAAACAUCACUAGAUCAACAUAGAUUCCAGUGUACACAUUGUUCUAAGAGAUUUGCAACGGAAAGGCUGUUGCGGGAUCACAUGCGAAACCAUGUGAACCAUUAUAAGUGUCCGUUGUGUGAUAUGACUUGCCCACUUCCUUCUACUCUACGCACUCACAUUCGUUUCCGGCACAGUGAUGAGCGGCCAUUUAAAUGUCAAAACUGUGAUUACAGCUGCAAGAACCUGGUGGACCUGAGGAAACACCUGGAUACGCACAGUAAAAUGCCCGCAUACUGCUGUGAAUAUGAGGAAUGCAGCUUCAGUGCCCGAUCUCUGUGUUCUGUCAAAGCUCACUACAGGAAAGUGCACGAAGGCGACUCCGCUCCCAGGUACAAAUGUCAUGUGUGUGAGAAAUGCUUCACUCGUGGGAACAACCUCACUGUUCACCUGCGUAAGAAACAUCAUUUCAAGUGGCCGUCGGGGCACCCCCGAUUCAGGUAUAAAGAGCAUGAUGACGGGUUUCUGCGCUUGCAGCUGGUGAGAUAUGAAAGUGUAGAACUUACAGAGCAGCUGAUGAAAGAACGUGAGAAGCAGGGAGUUCCACUGGAGGAUGCACCCACCUGCCUGGUGUUAGGUCAAGGGGGUGGCACUGGAACGGACGGAGUAGAUUAUGAGAGGACUGUGACACAAAAGGACUACUGAUUACAGUUAGAGUGAGAUUAGGAAAUACCAAUACAAUAAUGAAACCUAAAAUGGGCUCCGCAACCAAAUGUCCGCAGAGGCUUUGUGAGUAUCUGGGAUAUUAAUGUUCUCUGGAAAUCCUAAACUACUGCCAUCUGCUACGUUUUCAUCCAGUGUACAUCUCCAUGUAUAUAAAGCCUUAUUAAUAUAUUGAUGCCAGCUAUGUUUGAGAUGUGCAUCCACACUUUCAUCUUACAGAAGAAAUGAUGUUCUUAAGGUUAAGAUCUGGCCGUUGGACCUUUAUUGGCCUGAAAAUAGGACCAUUCAUCAGGAAGUCUAAACAACUGGACUCCAGUAGACUGUCGGUACGGCUGGGCGAUGACUGCAUGCUUAGAGACUGUAAUCGCUGGCCAGCUGCUUUUGUAUCUGGGAACAAUUGGAAUCUGGACAGCCAGCUUUUGGCCCGACAACCAUGCCAGUCUGAUUAAUUGCCACAUACGUGCCCAUGUUUGUGUAUAAAAGAUUUCCCUAAAUUUGUUACAGAGAUUUACCAUCCCCAAAAACAUCCUAAAAAUCUGGAAGACCCCCAUAAAUGGAAGCAGUCUCUUACCAACUCAUUCCUGUCCCCAGUGCAUUUAAUGUGCAAUUCAAUUUGUGUAUUAAAAUUGUGACCUUU